AGCCUGCAAAGAAGAAGAAGAAGGCAACAAAAAAAAGGAUACAUAUUUACCCCCAAAACCCUCCUUUUGGAACUAUAUCUGGACUAAUAUCCACUUUAUUUAGGUGGUAUCAAUUUGCAUUCACCAUGACUAUUCCGUUUGGAGAGUGGAUCGUGAUUAUUGCUCAGAUGACUCCGAGUGCGGUGUUGAAUUUAAAUUAGGUGUUCAGCGACCACAGAUUGCUGGGAGAGGCAGAGGAGGAGUGCAACAGAUCAAACACAAUCCGCCAAGGCGAAUGCCGAGACCUCGCAUGAUGACCAGGACUCUUUUUUGGAAGUGAUAACACGGAGCUGUAAGGAAAAAAAACAUAUCAACAGGUCAACGGCAACGCAGCUUGAAGCCACUUCCAGAGAGUGGGGAUGUAUCUUUCUGGGUUUUUUUUCCUCCUCUUGUGGGCUCAAGCCCUGACGCUGAAGAACUUGAAUUACUCCGUCCCCGAGGAGCAAGGACCGGGGACGGUGAUCGGAAACAUCGCCAAAGAUGCCCGACUCGGCCUGGAACAGACCGGGCAGGGCGGGCAGGGGAAGAAAGCCAACUUCAGGGUGCUGGAGAACUCUGCGCCGCAUCUCAUCGACGUGGACCCGCAGAGUGGACUGCUCUAUACGAAACAGCGCAUUGACCGAGAGACCUUGUGUAAAAGAAACCCCAAGUGCCAGCUCUCCAUGGAGGUGUUUGCGAACGACAAGGAAAUCUGCAUGAUUAAAAUAGACAUCCAAGACAUAAAUGACAACUCCCCCAGUUUCCCCUCAGACCAGAUCGACAUUGACAUAUCUGAAAAUGCAGUCCCAGGGACACGUUUCCCCCUGACCAGCGCUCAUGAUCCAGAUGCAGGGGAAAAUGGUCUGAAAACCUAUCAGAUAACACGCGAUGACUACAAUCUCUUUUCCUUGGAGGUAAAAUCCCGUGGGGAUGGAACUAAGUUCCCAGAAUUGAUUAUCCAAAGGCCACUCGACCGGGAAGAAAGAAACCAUCACACCCUUAUUUUGUCAGCCACUGAUGGCGGGGAAUAUUCAAGGUCUGGUACCAUGCAGAUAAACGUUAAAGUUAUUGAUUCAAACGACAACAGUCCAGUGUUUGACCAGCCCUCGUAUGUUGUUGAAAUUCCUGAAAAUUCCCCUCCCGGUAAAGUCUUGAUCGAUUUAAACGCCACCGAUCCUGACGAGGGCAACAAUGGACAAGUGGUCUAUUCUUUCAGUGGCUAUGCCCCAGAGAGAAUCCGGGAGCUGUUCUCCAUAGAUUCUAGAACAGGGGUCAUCAAGAUUCAGGGCGAAAUUGACUACGAAGAGAGCCCCGUUAUUGAGAUUGACGUACAGGCAAAGGACCUCGGCCCCAAUCCGAUCCCGGGCCAUUGUAAAGUCACCGUUAAAGUGCUUGACAGGAAUGAUAACUGGCCCUCUAUUGGCUUUGUGUCCGUACGACAGGGAGCCAUCAGCGAGGCGGCACCUUCAGGCACUGUUAUUGCGCUGGUCCGUGUCACAGACAAGGACUCUGGCAGGAAUGGCCAGCUUCAAUGCAGAGUGCUGGGUAAUGUCCCUUUUAAACUGGAAGAGAAUUACGAUAACUUCUACACUGUCGUGACGGACAGACCGUUGGACAGAGAGGCGCAAGACGAGUACAAUGUCACCAUAGUGGCAAAGGACAAUGGCAUUCCACCUCUGAACUCCACAAAAUCUUUCACCGUAAAGAUUUUGGAUGAGAACGACAACGUCCCGCGCUUUACUAAGUCAGUUUACCUACUGCAGAUACCGGAGAACAACAUCCCGGGAGAGUUCCUGGGUUCAGUGCUCGCUCAUGACCUGGAUCUCGGACAAAAUGGCACGGUGUACUACAGCAUUAUUAACUCCAACGUGAGCGGGGGUGAUGUCAACACGUACGUAAACGUGAACGCCGCCAACGGAGCCAUAUAUGCAGUCAGAUCGUUCAACUAUGAGCAGAUCAAAUAUUUUGACUUCAAAGUACUCGCUCGGGAUGCAGGAUCGCCGCACCUGGAGAGCAACGCUACGGUGCGCAUCAGUGUUCUGGACGUAAACGAUAACAUCCCCGUCAUCGUUCUCCCGCUUCUACAAAACGACACCGCUGAAAUCCACGUGCCGCGGAAUGUCGGGGUGGGCUACAUCGUCACCACGGUGAGGGCAGUGGACAAUGACUACGGUGAGAGCGGGAGACUCACCUACGAGAUCUCUGACGGGAACGAGGAGCACCUUUUUGAGAUGGAUCCAGCGACUGGUGAGGUGCGAACAGCCCACCCUUUCUGGGACAAUACCAGUCCCGCCGUGGAGCUGAUUAUUCGCGUGUCGGACCACGGCAAGCCGACCCUCACCACUGCGGCGAGGCUCAUCAUCAAGGCCUCCAACGGACAUCCCGCCGACGGACUGCUGCACGUCGACAACCAUCAGAAGUGGGACAUGUCCCUGCCUCUCAUUGUGACUCUGAGCAUCAUCUCAAUCAUGCUUCUGGCCGCCAUGGUCACCAUAGCAGUCAAGUGCAAACGGGAAAACAAGGAGAUACGGACCUAUAACUGUCGAAUCGCAGAAUACUCGCAUCCUCAGCUGGGGAAAGGAAAGAAAAAGAAGCUUAACAAGAACGACAUCAUGCUGGUGCAGAGCGAGGUGGAGGAGCGGGAUGCCAUGAAUGUGAUGAAUGUGGUAAGCAGUCCUUCCUUGGCCACCUCUCCCAUGUACUUUGACUACCAGACACGCCUGCCACUCAGCUCACCGAGAUCAGAAGUCAUGUACCUUAAGCCCACUACCAAUAACCUCAGCGUGCCCCAAGGCCACGUGGGAUGCCACACCAGCUUCACAGGCCCAGUCACCAGCACUACAGACACACCUACUAACCGCAUGUCCAUCAUACAGACGGACAGUUUCCCCGCUGAGCCUAAUUACAUGGGAAGCAGACAGCAGUUUGUUCAGAGCAGUUCGACGUUCAAAGACCCGGAGCGAGCGAGCCUGAGAGACAGCGGCCACGGCGACAGCGACCAGGCCGACAGCGACCAGGACACCAACAAAGGCUCCUGCUGCGACAUGUCGGCCAAGGAAGCUCUCAAGCUCAAGGCUUCGGGCGUCCGACCGCCCCCUCUGGAGCAAGACGAAGACUGUUUGAAUUGCACGGAGGAGUGUCGAGUUCUGGGUCAUUCCGACCGCUGCUGGAUGCCCCAAUUCCCAGCUGGAGGACACCAGGCAGAGGGUGUUGAUUACCGCAACAACAUGUUCGUGCCAGCAGGGAUCGAGAGUGUGCCUGAGACAGAGACCUACGAGACGGUCAAUCCCAACGGCAAGAAAACUUUCUGCACGUUCGGCAAGGAGCGCCGUGAUCACACGAUCCUCAUAGCCAACGUCAAGCCCUACUUAAAGGCGAAACGGGCCCUCAGUCCAUUGCUCCAAGAGGUUCCCUCGGCAUCAGGAAGUCCAGUCAAGGGCUGUUCUACCACGUCUCCUUGCUCCUCGCUUAAGAGUCCGGCUGACGGGGCUGAAGGCAAGCCUCCUCCGGCCACCUGCUCCGGCUUUUACGGACCGCCGGACGGUCAGUACCUGUCGCCCACCAAACAAAGCAGGGAGCACGGGGUCUACCCGCCUUUGCCUCCGUCGGACCCGGUGGCCAAGGUGCUCGCCGAGGCACGCUCCAGAAUCAGCCAAGAGACCAGAGGAGAAAUGGAGUGCGUGCUCGAGCAGGCGGAGCCCGACGCGGGCUGCGACGGGAUGGAUGCCGACCAGGUGGUGAGAGACAUCGACAAACUCUUGCAGGACUGCAGAGGCGGAGACGCCACCGGCACACUCAGGAAGUAGAGGACUGGGCGUCGAGUGAGGAAUAGGAGCGUAUUCCAAAAACUCUCAUGCCAAAACCGUCACCAAAAGUAAUACAACCACUGAACGGUCGGGCCGACGACGGGAACACUGAUGCCGACCUUUUUGGCACCGAGACCACGAUCAACAACCCUGAUUCUGCUGAAUUUAUAAACGGCUCGUGUUUUUGGAAUUUUCAACCAGACACCCAGGCGAGCUAAUGAUCUAAGUGCCCACCACCCAGCUCAUGAGUUUGUUUGUCCAUGGUCUCUCGUGAAAUCCUGUGACGGCCAUAGAUUGACGACCACGGACGGACUUUCUAUGACAAUCCGUGUCUCGGACGGUCAACACGGAAUCUCUUCGGACAGAAACGAGCGGGUUACGCAAAAAAACAAAACAAAAAAAACAACAACCGUUCAUGUAGGUGUUGAACACGUGAGAACUGGAGGGAAUUGGUAAUCAGGGCUUUGAGGGAAGGAGUUAUUUUUUUGACCGCUCGGUAACGAAGGGGACUGAUUUCAUGUUUUUCACCCGUCCUUUGUAGCCACACUUGUACUUGUCUCACGCUUCCACUCAAACAUUCAUGAUGCGAAGCGGCGCUCGCCGCACGCACCCACCUCUACACGU